GGCAGUUAUGUAGUAGUAGUAGUUCUGUCGACUGGCGGGUAAAGAUAAGCAGGGCCAUGACAUCAGCCGGCGCUAUCUCAGACCAAAGUAAACGACCUGGGGUAAUGUCCUGCUUCCCCCAUAGAGACUGCAAACUUUCCUUCUCUCCUUGCCAGGGCAGCUCGAAUCUUUUAAGCGACCGCGAUGGCCGCUUCCUUUCGAAGGAGCCCUUGUGCAGGUUCCGUUUUCCCAAGUAAUGGAAGUGUCGCAUUCCGAACUCUUCGACCUCGCACGUCGAUAAGAUUUCAAAGAUUUCAAUAUGCCACGAGUCCACCCUCCUCCUCCUUCUCAUCGCCAAAAUGCCCGCAUUCUUCGCGCAGAGUAUCUGCUUCUCCUAUCCCCAAAAUAAAACCAUCGGAUAUCUUCGUGUCGCAAAGGUUCGGAGGACAAAACUCGGGUAGUGGUCUGCGGUACUUUACCAGGACGGCGCACCAUGGAAACUCCUACAGACGUUUUGGCAACGGUCCUUCGCGAAUACCGCAAAGCCCUCAAGAAAGAGUGCAGCACCUGUUGUCAAACAGAUAUGUGUGGGUAAUUAUCGGUGCAGGAGUCACAAUUUACGUGUGGAAUUUGGAGACAGUCGAGGCCACCGGUCGGCGCCGCUUCAAUAUUAUCUCUGUAGAAACAGAAGUCAGCGUCGGAGAUGAGGCUUAUCGGUCGGUUCUCAACCAAUAUCGAAAUCGUAUUCUCCCGAGCAACCACCCGCAGACACUGAUGGUGGAGAAUGUUAUGAAUCGUCUGAUUCCGAAUGUAAAAAUCGAUAAAGCUGAUUGGAAGGUCCAUGUCAUCAAAGACGAUUCUAUGAUGAAUGCCUUUGUGUUGCCUUCUGGCAAAGUCUUUGUUUUCACAGGCCUCAUGCGCGUUACCAAAGACGAAGAUGGUCUGGCGGCUGUUCUCGGCCACGAAAUUGGACAUGUUAUUGCCCAUCAUUCUGCAGAGCGUUUGAGCUCUUCUUACCUUGUAUUUGCAGCAGUUGUGGCUAUCUCGAGCAUCUUCGAUAUUUCCGGCCAGAUUCCGAAUCUCGCUAUGAAUUUGCUUUAUAGUUUGCCCAAUUCGAGAGUGCAGGAGGCGGAAGCAGAUAGGAUAGGGCUGACAAUCAUGUCCGAAUGUUGUUUUGAUCCCAAAGCAGCUGUUGGGAUAUGGGAUCGAUUUCACCAGCUAGAAAAGAACGCUCCUCCCCAAUUCCUCUCAACUCACCCUUCGGUAUGAAUGGCUCUGGUGUUUUAAAAACGGGCCCAGCUAACAUAAGCAGAACUACAACCGAUCCCAAGCUCUUCGAGAGCUGUAAGUUGAUGUCCCUAAUAUAAAACAAAAAUUGCCAUUGACUAUUCUCAAAGAUUACCAGACGCUGAAAGGCGCUAUGAGGAAAGCGGAUGUGCCUUUUCCAGUCGCUACGGUAGGUCACACGAAAGCCCACUAGCGUUGAUAAAGUGCUGAUCAAUGAAUAAAGUGCAAGGAUUCCAGAACAUGCUCUUCAAGACGGAAUAUGAUCAAUGAAAGCGUAUCGCUGAACGCGAGAACAUUUUUGUUGAGCGUUGCGAGGAUUGUAAAUACUCCUCGAUGUGAUAUACACCCUGCUCUUUACCAUAAUUCACCAGAUAUAAGCUCUUCCUUCAAAAAUUGACAAUCAGUAGAUAAGAGAAAAUAGAAAAUAUAAAGUAGAAAGUUUGAUAGAUACGGCUAAAGUUGUUAAUAU